GUAAGGCGGGAGAACGUCUUAUCCAGGACAGGUGACACGGACCUUGCGGGUCGCCACGAGCUCACUGGGAGAAGAGGAACUUAAAUUCAUUUAACCAAGAGCCGCGUCCUGGAAUUUUUGACGCGGUGAAGAUGCAGCUUGCUGCAUUUACAGCCACAUGCCUUGUGGCACUAUUUCUUUAUGUUGGCAAGGCAACAAGUACAUGCACUACGUCAUGCUCAACAUGCACAACCAGGUGCGGCCCUUUGGAGGUACCGACCCCACCAGGAACGCGGGCUCAGGACAGCUUUUGCAAGCCAUCGGUAACAUGCCGCAACGAAUUAAACAAGCUUCGGGUUUGUUUAUGCAAACCGGGUUACCUUCGCAACGCUUGGGGAAAUUGCGUAAGGAAGGAAGACUGCUGCAGUUGCCGCCGGGCCGCCAACAUGGACUUCAAUCAUUGCUCAUCUUCCUGCCCGAAGACCUGCGGUGUGCCUGAGAACAAGGAUUGCAGUCGACUCUGCGUUAGGGGUUGUGCCUGCGCACCGGGAUAUUGGAGGGCCUAUCCGCAUGGACCGUGCGUCGCCCCCAGCGAGUGCCCCAGCGGUGCUCCACUCCCGAGUCCAAUCAGUUGCCCCGGUCCCCACCAAGUCUACACGGCCUGUUCGUCACCAUGUCCCAUUACGUGUGCUAACCUCAACAAUCCACCGACGCGCUGCCCAGCGGCUUGCGGCGACCAGCAUUGUGUUUGUGCGCCAGGAUAUCUUGCUCUACAGCUCAACCCAUUAAAAUGCGUACGCAUCGACGAGUGCCCCGGCCGCGAACGGAGAUGUCCGGGCCGCAACCAGAAGUACACAACUUGUAAGUCACGCUGUCCCGCUACUUGUGCUAUCAACCGUACCCGCAUCUGCAUUGCAGAAUGCGCAGGCGAAGGCUGUGUCUGCAGGCAAGGUUUUGUCAUCUUACAAGAGAAUCCGCUGAUUUGUGUACGUCGCAAGGACUGCCCAGCCAAGCCAAACAGGUGCCCCGGCUACGGAGAAGUAUUUACGACUUGCAAAUCGCGCUGCCCGCCAACCUGCUGGGACAAUGAACCUCGACACUGCACUGCUGACUGUGCCGGCGAAGGUUGCGUGUGCGGGGAAGGUUUCGUGCAGUUGCAAGAUGCACCCUUGGUAUGCGUUCGGCGCGACAAAUGCCCAGCUCCGCCAGUGAAAUGUUCUGGCGCAAACCAGGUGUACACCCCUUGUAAGUCACGCUGCCCUGCCACUUGCUUGAACGGUGGACGUAGUGUAUGUGGCAACGACUGCGCAGGCCAAGGAUGCGCCUGCCGGAAAGGUUAUUUCCAGCUACAAACGGAACCACUUGUGUGCGUCACAGAGGAAGUGUGCGCCGUCAUGGCACAGAAACAGUGUCCAGGAGAAAACCAGGUGUUCACGAAUUGCAAAUCGGCCUGCCCUGCUACUUGCGCGGACCAAGGCGUUCCUCGCAUCUGCGGUAAUGAAUGCGCAGGCCAAGGAUGUGUCUGCAAGGAAGGGUUCGUUAUGUUACAAGAGGUGCCACUGAAAUGCGUCCGUCGCGAUCAGUGCAUGACCGCGUCGCAACAGUGCGCAGAUGAAACCCAGGUGUACACAAAUUGCAAAUCGAGGUGCCCUGAAACCUGCAAUGAACCUGGCCCUCGCGCGUGCACCAGGGAAUGUGCAGGCCAUGGGUGUGUCUGCAAGCGAGGUUUCGUCCAGCUACGCGAGCACCCACUUACAUGCAUCCGCCGCGAGAAGUGCCCAGCGAGGCCAGCGCAGUGUGCGGGUGCCAACCAAGUAUACACGUCUUGCAAAUCAAGCUGCCCUGAAACUUGUACAGGAACCGGCCCUCGUGUGUGUACUGCCAACUGUGCUGGCCAGGGAUGCGUCUGCAAGGAAGGUUAUGUCGAGUUACAAACAAACCCACUUAUUUGCGUUCUCCGCGAACAGUGCCCGUCCAAGCCAGAGCAAUGUGUGGGUGCUAACCAGAUGUACACGCCCUGCAAAUCGCGCUGCCCUCCAACAUGCUCAGACAGUGGACCACGUGUAUGCACGCGUGACUGCGCAGGCGAAGGCUGCGUCUGCAAGGAAGGGUACGUUCAGCUACAGGAGAACCCGCUUAUAUGUGUUCGCUUGGAACAGUGCCCGGCCAGACCAAAGCAGUGCACAGGCGCUAACCAGAUGUACACAACAUGCAAGUCACGCUGUCCCGCCACAUGCACAGACAGUGGUCCUCGUGCAUGCAGUGCAGACUGCGCCGGCCAAGGGUGCGUCUGUAAAGCAGGUUACUUUCAGCUACAAGCAAAACCGCUUAUCUGCGUCAGUCAUGAAAUAUGCGACGCUAUGGCAGAACAGUGGUGUCCUGGUGAGAACCAGGUAUACACUUCAUGCAAAUCGAGCUGUCCUGCCACGUGCUCUGCUGAGGAAACUGGCGUGUGCACUAACAAAUGUGCAGGUAAAGGAUGUGUAUGCAAAAAGGGCUUCGUGCAAUUACAAGCCGAGCCCCUGGUCUGCGUCCGACGUGAUAAUUGCCCAGUAAGCCCACAGCACUGUGGAGGAGCAAACCAGGUGUACACGUCUUGCAAGUCACAGUGUCCUGCUACUUGUUCAGAUUAUGGUCCUCGUGAGUGUGACCGUGAAUGCGCAGGGAAAGGGUGCGUCUGCAAGGAAGGAUUCGUAGAGCUGCAAAGGAAGCCGCUGAUUUGCGUGCGCCGCGACCAAUGCCCUGCCAGACCUGAACGUUGUCCCGGUCCAAACCAAGUGUUCACCUUAUGCAAGUCUAAAUGUCCUGAAACUUGCUCGGACAAGGGUCCUCGAGUGUGUAGUGCUGAUUGUGCAGGUCAAGGGUGCGUUUGCCAGCAAGGCUACGUGCAGGUAAAAGCUGAGCCAUUGGUCUGCGUACGGCGAUCCGAGUGUCCGGAGAAGCCAAAGCAGUGUAAACGUGCCAACCAAGAGUACACCUCGUGUAGACCGGGCUGUCCGGCCACUUGCUCAGGUAAAGGUCCCACCACUUGCAGUACUGAGUGCGAUGGGGAAGGAUGCGCUUGCAAGAAAGGCUUCUUGCAGCUGCAGAAGAGACCCCUUAUAUGCGUGACGGAAGAAAUAUGUGCCGUCAUGGCACAGCAGUGGUGUCCCGGUGAACACCAGGUGUACACGCCUUGCAAAUCGCUCUGUCCGGAGACCUGUACGGACGAUGAUACUCCCCAGUGUGCUGAUGAAUGCGGAGGCCAAGGAUGUGUCUGCGAAGAAGGUUACGUCCAGUUACAAGCGGAACCGCUCAUCUGCGUCCGCAGGAAGGAAUGCCCAGCCCGCCGAAAGAAGUGCAAGCGAGCCAAUCAGGUGUACACGACUUGCAGGUCACGGUGCCCUCCCACAUGUUCCAAUAAAGUACCGCAGGCUUGCACUGCUGACUGCGAUGGCGACGGAUGUGUUUGCAAACCAGGCUACUUCCGGUUGCAAAAGAAACCGCUUCUGUGCGUUACUGAGGAAACCUGCGAUAGCUCAUACCAGAUGUGCAAGGGCGCAAACCAGAUGUACUCUCUUUGCAAAUCUCUCUGCCCGGAAACGUGCUCAGACGACGGUCCUCGCUAUUGCAGCAGUAAAUGUGGGGGCCAUGGAUGUGUGUGCAGGGAGGGAUACGUGCAAUUAAAAGCGGAGCCACUAACUUGCGUUCCCCGUGAGCAAUGCCCGUUUAAGCCAAAGCUCUGCCCAGUUUCCAACCAGGUGUACACUACCUGCAAAUCGCGCUGCCCGGCGACUUGUACGAACAAGGAACCCGGCGCGUGCACGUACGAGUGCGCCGGAGAAGGAUGUGUUUGUAAGAGAGGCUAUGUCAUGCUACGAGAGAAACCCCUUCACUGCGUCCGCGCCACUGAAUGUCCGGCAGCGCCCGAACGUUGUCCGGGUGUUAAUCAAGUUUACUCAAACUGCAAGUCUCCGUGCCCUCUUAGUUGUUUCGAUUUCAAAGCUCGUGCCUGCCCAGCGACAUGCGCCGGCGAGGGCUGCGAAUGCAAGAAGGGAACGGUAAUGUUCCGGGAGAAACCGCUGACAUGCGUCAAGCCGAGAGAAUGCUUUGACAUUGCCAACGCCGUUAAUCCGGAUUUGCUGCCGUCAAUCUCAGAGGCGAUGACAAAUUCGAGCGUGGGACCAGGUGGGAUACUUUUUCCGGGAGCCCCCGAACGGCCCACACAACCAAGCUUGCCAACUACGAAUGCAAGCGUGGGGCCGGGUGGCAUGGUGUUCCCAGGAGAGCCGCCCGAGCAGGUGCCUCCACCGGCCUUGCCUCCGCUGCCUGCGUUACCAACGCCAGGCCCAAGUGUGGUCCCAGGUGUUCCAGAAGGUCCAACAGUUCCCGCUAGGCCGACUCGACCAAGCCUACCUUCACAACCUGAAGGCCCUGCGAUAGUUCCAAAUAUACCACCAAGCCGACCAGUACAACCAGAAGCACCCACCUGUCCCGUCUCAACCACAUGUGCCACCACCAAGCAUGCAACCAAGCAUCCCGGCGUAUCCAGCAACACCAACGACGCCGGCUCAACCAGGAUACCCUUCAUCGGGUGGGUUCCUUGUCCCAAAACCAAGUGGUAUACCAGGGGCUCCGGUAUAUCCAGGAGUCAUCAUGAUGCCCGGUCAUCCAGGCUUCCCAUCAGGUGGGAUGCCGACGGUACCAGGUGUUCAACUUGAAGAAGUACCCGUCGUGAAGUCCUUGGGCAAACCUCACUACUAGAUGUUUAACAGCCCGUUGCUCAACAUCCCUCGGAAUCGAUUUCACCCGCGCUGUCUGUAGCGUGGUCACGGCUAGUAGGGGACAUCAUAUUUACACAGAAUUAUUAGGCGGUCAAUAUUAAAGCAACUCGUAGUUUUUGAACUACUCUUUGCCAAUUUAUUACAUAAGAAGCUUUUCUGCCAUUAAACAACGUGCUUGUAAACAAAAUGUAUCUCAUGACGGCUGGUUUUCUUAACUUGAUCUUAUGAGUAUAGCGGCAGAGGUUUGACCUCAUUUCCAUGAAGCUUUCACAACGCGUAUGGUUGUGCUCCAAUAAAAAUGUUGCUAUGUUCCUUA